CAGUCUCGGAGAAAGACCCAGACAGACCCUGAUCAAAUGUCACUUUGCUACAUAUUCCCUGAAUCGAAUCAAGACAAGCCCGACAAGACACAGGUGGUCCCCAAGAGUUCCAGUUAAGAGGGUCUGUAGUCCCUCAAUUAAUUCUUCUUGACGACGUUUGGCCUCAACUCCCUUUCGCAACUUCACUUCCUCUUCACCACAACAAACACAGUGUGCGCGCGCAGCACAUCCACCGCUAAUUCCUUGGGUGUCGCGCCAAAUAACGACUUCACCUUGCACAAAUAAUGGCUUUCCCGAUCUGAGAGUCGCAUUUUAAUUAUACGCACAUAACAAACAUUACACACAUAACACAACAUUCUCGCCGUUCAUUCACUCGCAACGGUAGCUUUAUACGACUUGCGAUUCUUCCUUAUAUUGACUCUCUUACCUUCAAUCGAAACAACCUCACGACUUAUACAACUUGCAACUUUGCUUGAUCAAAGUUCAAGAUAACUCGGAAUACGACUGCUCCUUCUAUAAACGAGGGAGGCGGCGCAAUUGACGUCCUGGCGCCCCACUGUAGUGCCGAUCCUCAUUUCUCGAUAUGGCUUUCUCAGGAUUUACCUCGCCUACAGGGCUCGACAAUAGUAGUGUCACAUCCUCGACUCUGAAUAGAGCGAGGUCUCACAGCAUCUCCAGUGAUCAACCCUCUGCAAACGGGUACAGCGCGAUGCUUUCACCACCAACACUCGUUCAACCGCAGCCGCUCUUUCUUGCCAUUUCUGCGGCCUCACAGAUCGUGACAAACGACCAUGAUAGCCAUUCCGAAGCCUGGUUUGAUCAGCAUGGCCUCGAACCUUCAGGAGAGACCGCCUUGGUCAACCCAGGGGCCCUGAAGCUCGUAAACAACUUUCUCGAUCAAUUACUCUUCAACUUUCUCGCCAUCUCGAAAUCAACAUCUCUUGCUUCGCUUAGACCCGCCGUUGUCGAAACCCUAAAGCCAAAACUUGCAAAGGAGGCAAUUCACCAAGCCGACCAAGAAUUGGAGGAAUACUUGGGCGGUGGUGACGACGAAGAGCUUAUCUCAUUUCACAAUGGCAUUGAGCCGAGUGGAGACUGGGAUUUAGAGCUGGUAUGGAAACGCACACGUCUACGCUGCAUGGUGUAUUCAUCACUGGGCGAUAUGGAAGAGGAGGAUGAAGAUCACUACACAGAGCUGGAACACUUGGAUGGCCCUCCAGGAUCUACCAACAGAUACUCUAACUCGUUAGGCGUGGUCUCACCUGCAGUUGCCAUUUUCCUGACUUCAAUUCUCGAAUUUAUGGGCGAGCAGGCAUUGACCGUAGCAGGACAGGCCGCGUACCACCGCAUGCGCUCAAAGCAGCAAAAAGAUGAGAGAGAUGGAAGCAGCGUCCCCAAGCAUGUGGCGGAUCGUGUUAUUGUCGAGGAUGUCGAUAUGGAGCGUGUUGCCCUGGAUAGGACACUUGGUAGACUUUGGAGAGGCUGGAAGAAACGCAUACGCUCCCCAAACGCAUCUAUUUCACACAGCGUUCGCCGAUCUUACUCUAGAGACUCGAUGCAAUCACGUCCUCACAGCCGAAGAGGCAGCCUCGCCCCAGAGCAACAAGUUCCCGAAAUCAACCAUAGAUUCCAGGACACUCCGAUCAACGAGCCCGAAGAGGAAGACGAGAACCACCCACAACCGACGGCAAACGACGAGGAACCCGUCCUUUUCGAAGCGACCAUCCCACUUCCAAUGGGCGAGGAUGAUGUUAGAGAAAUCGAGAUACCCGGAGUUGCAGAGCAGAGUGGAGAUGAGGCAGAUGAUGAGGUGGACGAGCCCAAGCAAUCUCGCCGCAAGAGCAUGAUGAUCUUCACAGCCAAUACCAAAGGUCUUCCUACACCGAUCAACUCACAACCCGCAACACCCGGUUUCCUUUCUCCCAAGUCGAGAAAGCGAUCCCACUCGAUGCCAUCUCCAGCGGCCUUGGCUUUUGCUUCGCCAAUGAAGAGACGCAAGUCAACCGACGAGGACGAAGAACCAGCCGUGGAACAAGACACGGAAUCCGAAAUCCCAGCACUUUCUGAAAACGUGUCGCAAGACUCCGAGGAUACCUAUGUCUUGGCCACCAAGGAGCCUUCCAAGGAGUCGAAGAUCGUAUCUCAAACCCCGAGAGAAUUGGAGCCUGAGAAGCCAUCUAAAUCAGAGACCGUCCCACACUCUAGAAAUGCGUCACAGAGUUCUCACAAGGGUGGAUUGAUUGCCGGAGUUGCUGCUGGCGCUGCUGCAAUCGGAGCUGCCGCUGUGGCAGGAAUUGCCGCAGUUAAACACCACGACAAAACCUCGAAAGUUACGAAAGAAGACGAAGAUGACAUUGAUCUGACAGAGUCAGCCGAAGAACCACAAAUCAUGACUUCAUCUCGUGUAUCGAUCGGCGAUAUCCUUGCUCUCGACACGAGUCGAACCCGAUCUUGCGACUCCAGUGCCCGUUCCGCGAGCGUUCGUUCUAAGCGAUCCGCCAGCGUGCACUCGAUCCGCUUGAUUGAGGUGAAUUCGCCUCGCAGCCCAAGCUCACGUCACGCAUCUGGUGAUCUUACUUCACGUCCUCCGAAUGUAAAGGGCGCUGAGGGUACAGAUGCAGCAGCUUCGCGUGGUACCAGCCCUGUCCAGAAGACACCAUCAGGCAGCCCCAUACUCAAGGCCCCAUCUCCUUUGAUCAACCAGGUCAGCAAGGACUCGGAGGCUUCUCUACCAGAAGUUGUUGAGCCUGAAAACCUGGGACUGGGAUUAGAUGGCGUCACCGUUCCUCGAUCUCUCCCGGUGCCAGUCCGCUCUCCCCUGCGCGAAAGCCCGAAGACCAAACUUACCUCGGAAGCAUUAUCUGUCCAGGAUACUCAGUUUGCUGCCACAUCACAGGGUUCUUAUGGUAACUCGGAAUUUGUUCUCGGCUCAGCACCUCGUCCAAAAUCUACACGCGACGCUGAUUCUCUCGCUGCCCCUAGCACACCAGCAUCUCUUCAACCACUAUGGACAAAUCAGGUGGGCUCGCCAGGCAGUGGAACUUCUUCCGCCCCACCCCUUACUCCUCUCCGUGAGAUGAUGGAAAACGCACCAGACACCUCGGACGAAGCUUCUUCUAUUGCUCCAAGCUAUUCCGAUGCCUCGGUUUUCCAGUCAGAUCUCCCGGCGGGAAGCUAUUCGGGACCAGGCAGGAAAGACGCCCACACCCGAAACCGAACGAAUGCAUCCGAUCGAUCGGUCGCCAGGUCCUCGCCACCACGCUCCCACCGUGAAGAAGACAUGGGCCCCAAGCCAGAGUUCCUCAACAAGUCAGCUCGACAGGGCUCGUCAAGCUCCUCCAUCAAGUCUUACAAGGUCCGACCUAUUCGCACGUCAGAGGAGAGCACUAGCGCCAUUGAGGACAAGGGACAGACUUUCGAGCAACUCAUCCGCAGCGAGACGACCCUUCAGUACACCCUGACCCCUUCCAAUAUGCGCGGUAUCGAUGACAUCCCUGAGAGCCCAUUGCUUCCAAGGCAAAGCAGCUUCGGACCACGAUCCACGCCACUUGGCUCGCCCAUGGUUGCCAGCUUCUUAGGUAGCAAUUCUGCAAGCUCGCCUAAAGUCUCAACAUUCCUUGGCAAUGGUAAAGAGGCCUCUGAUAUCCCGAAGUCACCUGUGGGCGGUACUCGUUUUGCUCCGAAGCCUGCUGUGAGAUCUGCUCCUCCUCCAAAGUCUGGGGCACGUGUCAGGCCAAACGCGCCACAGGCGAGAGAUGCCAAGAUUACGAGCGAGUCGAUCAGCGAUUUUGCGGACUUCAUUAGAUCUACUGGGCCGCCCCAGAGCCGUGAUGGCUACGCUGCUCAGCCACCACCGCGUCAAGCUAAUAUCUCGGCUCAUCGAAUCAGCGCCGCGUCUGUGCCAAUUGUCGUGGCCAAGUCUGUGGCUUCAACCGGAAACCGCAAUCGCCUUCAAGCUCGCGAUGCCGUGGUCCAAAGUGACAAUCUGUCGUCUUCAGAGCUGAUUGACUUCAUUCGUCAGGGACCACCGAGUGACAAAAGCCAUGACAACCCCAGGAUCCCUCGCACAGUCGCUCCAUUCCGCAGCACUAUGGACUCGGACCAAAUGUCAACGGCACUCUCUGGCAAUCGCCUCUCGACCCUCCCAGAGGGCCGCGACCCCCAGAUGAAUUUCUCCAUGGGCACAUCUAUGCACACCUCAACCACGGCCAAUUCUGGCUCCGCAAUGAAGAAGCCCUCCCUGCCACAGGCCCAUCUACCUGCAUUCGAUGAAGAGGACAUGAUGCCGAAGCGCAAGACUCACCGUGUCAAGGACCCCUAUGCUAUUGAUUACAGCGAUGAUGAGGAUGAUGACGACGAGUUCACCCUCCCCAAGGGUCCUCCCAAGCGCGUUGAAGAGUCGCUCAUCGACUUUCUGAAUAGCGUCCCUCCACCUGACACCUCCACCAUGAGCUCCAUCUUCGAUGAGCCUGCGCCUCCCCCGAAGAAGACAAUCAUGGCGCGCUUCUCGCGCUCCAACUCCACCGCCUCAUCCUCCUCCGCUUCAACUCGCAGCUCAGUGCUCACGCGCAACAACGCCCUCCCGCGCAACUCGUCCCUCCCGCAGCACCCCACCUCCUCCCCCAAGAAACACACCCCCAUCACUCCCUCCUACUCGACCACCCCGCCCCGCCCCCGCUCCAACUACGCCGCUCAGGUCACCCAGCAGCGCAAGCCGGGAUCGCGUGCCAGCCAGAAGCCAUCUCCUCGUGAGGCCACGCACUCUCGCAACACUCCUUCUUCUGACCUCGCGGACUUCCUCAUGAACACCCCGCCUCCACCAAGCUCGCAGCCUAUUGCGAAGGAGCAGGGCGGAUUCUCGCGUAUGUUCGGACGCAGGAACAAGGCUAUCUAAACAGCCAAGACAGGCAUGGGAAUACGAGCCGACGCCUUCAAACAUCUGCGGUGCUAUUGUUCUACUCACUAUUCUGAUUUUUUGUUUAUUACGACGCCUUCACUCACUACGGCGUUUUCUCUCUCAUAUUUGGGCCGGCGGCACGGGGCGAAAAAAACACAAAAUAUCCGCUCAGUGUUUUCGAGUCCUGGUCAAAACUGGCUACACUACUACUGCUACUACUAUUUUUACUGGACUUUCCUCGUACUCCGUUUUAUCGGCGCCUAAACUACUUGCUGCAUCCCCCCUGACGACUGGGACGAAACCAAAAAACUGGCUUGGCGUACUGAGAAAAACCUGCAAAUCGCAAUCGCUAUCGUUGUCUUAUUUUACUUUUUUUGCUACUACGACUACUACUUCUGCUAUCCUGCGUCUGUACUUUGCUAGAUACCGGACCCAGCUUGCUUCUGCUGUUAUUUGUUUUGCAGCUGGGCCUUACUUGCUUUUUUUGUUCGCGCUGUUUGGAUUCGAUUGGGGGUGGGUGGCAUGGAAGCGUUGGGUUUUUUUACUUUUUGUGUUUUUUGACUUCGGCUUUUGGCUUCGGCUUUUGGCUUUGGCUUUGGGAAAGUAAUACGGGGGGUGUACUUUUUGAGAAGAUGGGAUGGGGGGAGUGUGGAGGCGGAUGAUGGGGGAAGAGAUCAUUUGUGAACGAUGUUUUGAGUCUUGUUGGUGUGUGGAUACGAAUGUAUAUAUGAAAAUAAUGCAGUCAAGAAAUGGGGGAGUAGCGAAUAGCGACGAUUAAUUUGACACCACGAUUCUUAUA